GUCCUGUAGCCCAGUCCCCCGUGUCCGAGCUCUCUGGCCUGGUGUCCGUCCUGUCCUCGGUCGUGCGGGACGCAGGGCGUCCUAGAGGGCUGCCGGGCCCCAGCCCUCCGCGGGCGGCAGCCUCGAGGCGACUGGACGGGGAGGACGCGAGUUUCGAGCAGGACAGCAGGAAGAAGACCAGCUGGCUGCUGCUCAAGGGCGAGCCGGACACCAGGACCAACUCCCCGGACCUGGACAGCCAGUCACUGUCCCAGAGCAGCGGCCCCGACCGAGACCCCGUCCACAGGGUGCCCGGGGACAGCGAGUUCUCGCGUUUCCACUAUUCCAAGUCUGACUCCAUCCCAGGAUAUGGCAAGAAUGGCUUGGACCACCGGAACGCCAACCUGGCCCCUUGUGGAGCAGACCGGGAUGCCAGCUGGGGCACGCGAGAGUACAAGGUGUACCCUUACGACGCCCUCAUCGUCACAAACCAGAUCCGCGUGAAGCUGCCCAAGGAUGUGGACCGGACGAGGCUGGAGAGACACCUGUCGGCCCAGGAGUUCCAGGAAGUGUUUGGGAUGAGCGUGGAAGAGUUCGACCGCCUGGCGCUGUGGAAGAGGAACGACCUCAAAAAGAAGGCCCUGCUGUUCUGAGCGCCCCGCGCCUCACCACGCAUGCGCUGCAGCGGAGCCGGGCCGGCGAGACCGUGCAGCCCCUCCCCCCUGCACCUCGCUCGGGCGUCGCUGUGUCAGUGGGCUGAGCUGGGAGGACGGGGGUGGGGGCGCCCCGCAGGUGCAGCCCCCGUUUCUGCAGUGACGCUCCUGCCGUAGCUUAGGGCCGCCACGCGGCGCUUGCCACCACCCAGUCCCCGCAGCGGAUGACCUAGGAGGUGGGGCAGAACCUGCCCGGGGGGUCCUCAGAGCGUCUGGCCCCGUGUCCCGCCCCUGCAGGGACAUGAGCGGCCCGCAAUUGUGCGUGGGCAGCCGCCUGAGGCGGCACCAGCUGAGGGCGACCCCCACCCUGGGCCCCCUCCCUGCCCUCCCUCCGAAUGCCCCUAGUUGCCCAAAUGCUAUCUUUACAGAACCACAGAGGCUUUAUUUUGUUAAGCGUAGCGUGAACGGGAGAGGACAUUUAUAAGGGUCUAGUUUUACGCCCCGUGAAGGGCCCGCAGCCUUACCCUGCCCGUCCCCUUCCGUGUUCCCCGUCCCCUUCCGUGUGCUCCCGGUUCUUGGAGGGGCCCUGCAGACAGGCCUCCAUGUCCGACGUCUUCCCCACGCAUCGCGCAGCUCCCCCUGACCCAGACCCAGCUAUCUUCCACGCCGUGACGCCUCCCGGCCUUGGAGGAGAGCAGAUUUCCACGCACCUGGCCCGGUGUCCAGUGUCGUGCCGGGCAUCUCUCCCGCCACAUCCCCCGAACAGCCGAGCACCGCUGGGCUGGGGACGCGGGUGUCCAGGUUGUGGCCAGGCAUGGGUUGGAGCACGGUGCCAUCAUGGGCUACCGCUGAGGGGCCCGGGAGGCUGGUGAACCCCCAAGUGUGCGUCCUGGCUGUCCCCGCCCUUGAGGGGACCUCCCCCAGAGUCCUCACCGUAAGGCACCACGUCCCGUUUGGCGCUGGAGCAGGGCAGUGGGGAGCACCCGGAAGGCGUCUGACCCCAGCGAGGCCGAGAAAAUAAAAGGCGAUGUACUAGAA